CCUUCAGUGAUGGCCAGACACAUUUGAACACUUCUUGGAGAUCGGCCUAGGCAUUCUUCCUUAUGAAAUAGUUGCUUUCUUGACCAAAUGAAAACGACAGGCUUCAUCAACAAACCGUAAUGGAGGGUCCUCCAUGGAAUUUUGAAAAGAUUUCUGUGUUGAUCUCAAAACUCAUUGAAAGGAGUCUAAUGGGGACGGAAGAGGCCAUUCGAUUCAGGAGGAGAGCAAUGCUUAUACAUGAACGCAUAAUUAACACUACUAACGAUGAUUUGAAUGUACAUUACGGCGGAAGUAAGGCUGAAGGACUAUCCCUGUUUGGUUCAGAUUUUGACUUCAUGUUUGUAGACAAUCAUGUCGUGGCCUUGUAUCCUGGACAGAUUGUUCCUCCAGAAGACGCACACAAGACUGUGCUGUAUGUGAGAGAGUCGGCUUGCCGACCUGGGUAUGUGGCCUUACAAUUAGGUCAUAUUGGACAAAAAAUUGAUAGCUGUUUAUGUAAUUCAUUUGCUCCAGUUGGAAAUGUUAUAUUUGUCUCUAGUGACAUGUACAGAGAACAAAUUGUCAACAAACGAACAACGCAAACAGGAAUGCGUCAUGUAUCGAAUGGUCCAAGCUGUUCAGUUGAAGAUAUGGAUCAUGUCAGAUGCUUUCACUUUAACAGUUGGCCAAGGGAGGCUAACCAAUGGGUAAGACGUCCACGUCUAUAUGGUUGGCCAACACAAGCGUUGAUUGACAAAAUUGUACAAAACGGAUGUCAUCUUGUCCCAGUAGGGGACAAAUGUUCUGACGACACAUUAUUACAGUGGAGGGUGUCAUUUGCAUCAGCAGAGAGACUAUUAGUUCACUCUUUGAGUCAUAUACAAAUGAAAAUGUAUUGUUUCCUGAAAUAUUUCUUAAAACAAAUGAAAGAUAAACUCCGAUAUAUCAUUGGGAAAGAAGAUGAUGAUAUUUUGUGUUCUUAUCAUUUAAAAACACUUUUGUUUAUUUCAGUGGAACACUCAAAUCCGAAGCUCUGGCAAGAACAAAAUCUGUUUUAUUGUUUCUGGUUUUGCUUCAACAUUCUGAUCUCUUGUGUUAAAGUAGGACACUUUCCAAACUACUUCAUCCCUACCAACAACAUGUUCCAGAGAAAGGUUCAUGGAGAAAAUCAACAAAAACUAUUUCUCAUGCUGAACAUGUUUCAUUCAGAGAAGUUACUUUGCCUUUCACAUACAUCUAGGACAUUCAGUGAGGUUAGUAUGCUGGAAUGUGUUUGUAAUUUCGAAAUACAAACCGAACUAAAUCGUACACAAACUGUCCAAGAAAUGGAGUACAGACAGGAUAUGAAUAUUAAACGAACGCUGGAUAAACUGAUGCUUCCCUUCGAGUUUUGCACACCUCUGUUAAUUGCAAGAUCAAUUAAUUUACAAAUGAAAUCUGUUUCGGAGCUAGAUGAAUUAGUCGCUUUUGCGACUACUGUUGAUAUAGUAUCCACGGCAGCAAAGAGAGAAAUCCAUCAAGACCUUGUCGCAGGGUCUACCAACAACAAGACCAGGUACCGUACCUUGAGGAAGUGUCAACACCGACUGACACUAUGUGCUUCAAUGGGUACAUACCUGCUGGACUUGGCAACUCUGCACUUCCUCACAGGUAAUUACUCGAAAGCCCAAGAAAUGUGUGGACGCAUAACUUCACAGCCAUCGUAUUUCACCCAUACUAGAACCUUCUUACCACAAAAUCAAGAAGAAAUGUAUAGGCAGCAAUACUGUGGAAAAAGAUACACCUCAAUUCAUAAACUGAAAAAAACAUUCACACGUGACAUUUAUGUACAUAAAGAAACAAUGUAUCUACCCCACCUUCGCCUGGAGAUAACAAGAAGCCCAUUGGGUGUUUUGAUCCCGCCACUACCGUAUGCUGCGUUCUUGUCUUUCAUGAGCUGUAAUGAGCGUAAGGACAGAAUAGGAUGUGACGUAGCACUACGAAACCUGAUACAGGUCAAGUACGAUGACCUUCAAGGAGGACAUAGACACUGGAUAGUGAAUACACUGCUGGGACUAUGCUACCAGAUGUUGGGGGACUAUCCCAGGGCCAUCCGUGCUUACCGGGACUCAGCUCAAACAAAGACAGAUUAUCACGAGUACAACCCUGCUUUGGAGAGGAUCGCAGCUAUACAGAGAUUUGACACUGAGUAAACUAUUGUUUCAAGACUCGUGUACAUGUGUAUACUGUAUUUAAAAUCGUCAAAUGAAAUGAUGAUUAAAUAUGAAACAUUUGUGAGGAGAACGUGAAAACGAACUACUUCAAUCAAAACACGAGAGGCCCACGGGGCCUGAAGACCCUAACUAUUUAUAAGAGGCAUCUUGCCUAAAACUGUAUAUCAGCGAUCCUAUGACUUAAAUGUAUACUCUGUCUCAUGACUUAACGCUUUUUUGUUCAUAAGAAGAAUCUACAUGAAUGU